UCCAGAGCCCAGAGCGAGGACCCAGCGUGAGUGAGCAGCAGCGUCCAGCAUGAUGAAGGCGCUCGGGGCUGUCCUGCUCACCCUGCUGCUAUGCAGGCAGCCAGGGAGAGGACAGCUACAGGAGGAGGACGACGACGGGGACUAUGGGCUAGACACCUACGAAGAGAAAGAUGACGAUGAGGAUGAAGAGGAGGAGGCCAACAGUAUUCCUGGCAGCAGUGGCAGAGGGCUGCGGUGCUACACCUGCCAGUCCCUGCGCAGGGAAGAGAGCUGCAACCUGACGCAGAGCUGCGCACUCAGCCAGACCUUCUGCACCACCCUCGUGGCCCACGGGAACACUGAAUCAGGCCUCCUGACCACCUACUCAACGUGGUGUGCAGAUAGCUGCCAACCUGUCACCAGGACAGCAGAAGGGACCCAGAUGACCGUGACCUGCUGCCAAUCCACCCUGUGCAACAUCCCACCCUGGCAGGGCUCCCGAGUCCAGGACUCGCCGGGCAAUGGAGCAGCUUUGGAGAAUAAACCUGAAGCAUCUUUCAUGAUCCAGCCAGCACUGGCUCCUCCCAGCUGGGUCUGUUUCCUCAGUUUCCCUGCCCAGCAGCCUUGGCCUCCGUGCUCCACUACCUGUGAGCAGCAUGAUGGCAGCUUGCGGGUGUCAGCCCCAGGCCCCCAAGAGCUGCAGCUCACAGGGUGGGUCCACCAGCCCAGCCCGAGCUAAGAUGACACUCACCAUGCACCUGG